ACCAAAGGACUAACAUUUCACUGUUACAUUGUUUUGGGCAAGAGAAGCCAGAAAGAAAGAGGUGGUCCAAUUAUCACUACAAUAGGAAAGGUAAAAGCCCCAUUUUAUAAGAAGAAACACAUCAUUCUACUGCAUCACUGAACUACUCUCAUCAGUAUUUCUUUGGGUGGUCAAAUACCUCCCUAGUCCCCACAACAAGGACCUAGUCCGCUAAGUUGGGCCGGUUGUUCCGUGUAAGGUUUUAAUCAAUCCCGUAGGACACUUCUCCUUAAAUACUCCGUAGCGAGUAUAAUACAGGUCCAGAGUAUUAUUCAUUUGUCACUACCAUUUUCAUCUCCAAAGAAUCACACAAAAAAAAAAAAAAAAUGGAUCUCACAACCCCAAAAUACUAUCAGCCCACACCUAUAUUUGCACCAUCCCAAAUGGAAUCAGAAGGAAAAACAAAGACAAAUCCAUUUGCUGAAGCAUUAUUAAACAGUAAUAAUAAUGCAGUAGACCCAAUUUGCAAGCUUAAUCUGAAAGAAACAUCAGAUUUUGUAAAGUCAUUACCAAUGAAUACUAGCAAUGGGACUCAAUCAGCUCAAAGAAGAAGAGAUUAUAUUAUUGGAAAUUCAAUGCCAAGAAAAAUGGAGGCACCUUCAACACCAGGAAGACCUAUUUUUAGCUUCAGUGUUGCAAGAAAAAGUGUUCCUUCUAAGUGGGAUGAUGCUGAAAAAUGGCUUUUCAAUGGCGGUAGCGGAGGUGGUUCUUGCCAUGAAUCCCCUGCUCAUCAUGCUUUCAAUCCUCAUAAUAAUAAUCAUAAUCAUAAUCAUAAUAAUAUUCAUGGAAAUAGUAUGAUUAUGAAGCAAAAUGAGGUGGGUUCAAAUUCAAAGGCAAUAUUAAAUGAAAUAAUUGCAGAAAAAUUCAGGGUAAUUGAGGAAGAAAAGAUUACAAAAGAGACAGUGCCAAAGUUUAUUAAUUGUUCUGCUUCUGCUGCUGCUACUUCUAUGGAGGACCACCAUUAUUAUCAGAAGCAACAACAACAGCAACAGCAAUUGAGUUCAGCUAUCACUUUCAAUGGGGUCAUAAUUCCUGCUGAUUUGCCUCUAAAAGACAAAUUUACAGAUGAAAUGAGUCCUUAUGUCACCAAUUUCAAAUACUCAGAGCCUACACAAGAGGCAUUUUUGUUCAAAAGUCACAAACUUGACAAUAAUAAGGCUAUGACAGAUGCAUGUACAGAAGUGAUCCCAUAUCAGGAGGUGAAACACAGAGAUUUUGGCACUGAAAUGACUCCUUUAGGCAGCUCCACAACCUCAAGGUGUCCCACACCCUUCAAGAGCACCUCGCCCAUCCGGCACAAUACUCCGGCUAGCCGUUCCGGUCCACUAGCAUUGAUGGACCAACCCACCAGCACAAUUAGCAUGGCUCAACUACAAGAGUGCCACCUUGCCAAGCUCCGAAUUGGGUCAGCCCAAUUCGAUUCAGUUACGACUAAUUGGAGUACCAAAGAAGAAGAGGAAGAGGAGAUAUCUAAGAGCUUAAGGCAUUUUGAAAUUGGGAGGAGGAGUGUUUCUGUUUCUGAAUCCAGAGCAUGUGCUUGGGAAGAAGAGGAAAAGACUAAAUUUUGUCUUAGGUACCAAAGAGAAGAGGCCAAAAUUCAAGCAUGGUUAAAUCUUCAAAAUGCCAAAGCAGAAGCUCAAUCGAGGAAAUUAGAGGUGAAAAUACAGAAAAUGAGGUCAGAUUUAGAAGAGAAAUUAAUGAGAAGAAUGGCAAUUGUUCAUCGAAAAGCCGAGGAAUGGAGAGUAGCUGCCCAGCUUGAGCACUCUGAGCAAACAAGGAAAGCCAGUGAACGAGCCCAGAAGCUGAUAUUGAGCCACCACCACCAUAAUUCCCAUCUCUCUCCGCAUAUUGUAUCAUGUGGCUGCUUCCCUUGUACUUCUAAUUAGUAGUCAUAAUAAUAACAACCAACAUUCAUAAAAAAAAAUGAAAAUUUUUAGUUUAUUUACAUUAUUAGCUCCAACACCUAUUCACAAUACUCCGUAGAUGUCUUUCCCAUACGAGUACAAAUUUUUUUUUCUCUAUAUACUAGUACAAAUGUUUAGUAUAUAGUAAGGACGAUCCUAACAAGAUUACAAGU